AUGUUCACAAAUAAGAAGUAUCGCUCUCAUUCACUCAUCUUGCGAGGUGCCGUCGCCGUCGCCGUCACGGCUUGCUUAGCGACCGGCGGCGUCUAUGCGCAAGAACUCGAAGAAAUUAUUGUCACAGCGCAAAAACGCGAAGUGAGCUUGCAGACUGCGCCGGUUGCCGUCACCGCAUUCUCCGGAGAGAGUCUUAAGCGCAAUCGGGUGUUCUCGAUUAGCGACCUGGCCUCAUCGGCACCUUCGCUGUCGCUAACGCAGGGUAGUUCGCCGGUUGACCUCGAACUCAAUAUUCGCGGUAUCUCCAACACCCGAUUGGACUCUCCUUCAGGCGAGGCUGCCGUGGGCACGUUCUUGGAUGAUGUUUACAUCGGUCGAAAUGGUGGCAUGAAUACCGAUUAUUACGAUAUUGAACGGAUCGAGGUAAUUCGUGGCCCGCAGGGAGUGCUGCUCGGUAAGAGCGUGGUUGGUGGUGCGUUAAGUAUCAUCACUGCUAAGCCCGAGUUCGAAAAUUCGGGCGCGGUCACUAUCGCUAUGGGCAACUAUGACUCGCAACUGCUUUCUGGCCAUGUGACCGGAGGGCUGAAUGAAAACUGGGCAGGACGGCUAUCGGUACAAAGCCGUAAGCACGAUGGCUAUGGCUAUGACAUUCUGCAUGAUCGCGAAGUUGACAACUGGGACUCAAAGCAAGUCCGCGCCCAGUUGCUAUACCAACCUGAUGAGAGCAAAUGGAAUGCCCGGCUGAUUGUUGACUACAACAAAGACCAUAUGGACGGCUUGAACUCUGUUGCCAUCAGCGAUGGCCUAACAGGUGGAUUUAGACCUCGGCCAUGGAGUCGGCUGCGAGAAUUUCUGGGGAUCACCGAUCCUCGGGUAAGUAUCCCUGAAGAGACCCUCUAUGCUGGUGAUUCGACCCCCCUCAAUCAAUUUCUCAGCCGUGAGUCGGCUGGACUUUCCUUCAAUCUGGAAGGUGAUUUUGAAUCGUUCACUUUGAAUGCGAUCACCGGUUACCGCACCGGUCGUGCCGACAACUUGUAUGAUCAGACUGGCGGCGGCCCUGACGUGCUUGAUGAGAAUGAGACCUUCGGUGUGACCUUUGCCGACUUUUUGGCUUUCGACCCAUUGGCAGCAACUUUCUUUUUCUCCGAACCGGUUCGAGAAGAUGCCGACAUAUCCGCUUUCAGUCAGGAGUUGCGCUUGACUUCGACUACCGAUGGUUCGAUGGACUGGAUUGCUGGGGUGUUUUACAAGCGUGACGAAAUCGAUAAGUUCGAUCGCUUUGUUGGUGAAGGCAACUCGGGUGCUUUGCCAACUCUCAGCGGCGAGAGCCAUUGGAUCAAUAACGGCGAGAAUACUAAUAUUGGUGUGUUCGGCCAAAUUGGGUGGCAAUUUACCGAUUCAGUAAAAUUGAACGUCGGUGCGCGCUGGACCAGUGACAAGAAGGAAGGAAAUAUGCAGGGUAUUGCGGUGGCUACUGGCGACCGGUUUAACCCCGACGACGCAGUGCCGUUGACGCCAUUGCAGGAAUCGUACACGACGGCCUACGGCAACACGUGGAAAAAGACCACACCACAGGCCACUUUAGAGUGGACGCCUAACGAUGACACCUUCACUUACCUGACAGUAUCGACUGGCUUCAAGGGCGGUUACUUCCAGGACACUGCACCGAACGCAUUUGCCGCUUCGUUUGCAACCCGCCCGGAAGAAGUAAUCAAUUACGAGAUUGGCCUCAAGAAAGAUUUUGCUGGUGGGCGGGCCCGAAUCAACGCGGCAGCCUUCUUCAUGGACUACACCGAUCUACAGGUAGAGCAAACCAAUCAAGACUGCUUGUGCAACUUGACAGAGAACGCGUCUGAUGCCGAGAUUUCAGGCAUCGAAGCAGAAUUUGCGUUCGCGGCGACUGAUAACUUACUGAUCAAUCUUUCGGCAACCUUUUUAGAUACUGAGUACGUCGAGUUCCGGGAGGCCAGUGGCGUCAUCAGCUCAGGGAAUCCGUUGCAGCGCACACCCGAAAUGCAGUACGGCGCCAACUUCGAUCUCAACAUCACCAGUGCGUUGAAUCUGUUCGUUAACUACGCCUGGCAGGACAAAAUGCCUUGGCAGCCGGCAAAUUUGAACUUCGAAGAUUCUUACGGUUUGCUCGAUGCGCGCUUAACUUACGCACCCGAAGAAGCAAAAUGGGCUGCCUCGAUCUGGGGCAAGAAUAUUACCGACGAGCUAUAUCGGUCUAAUAUCAUUCCGUUUUUCGGUGAGGAAGUUAGCCAGUUCGGCCCGCCCGGAACUUACGGUGUGGAAUUCAGUUACACAUUUGACUAA